AUGUCCAAUUCCCCUCCAAAGGAAACGGACGUUGAACAAGGAGUCUCGCCAGAUGACACGGAUGCACAAAUGAAUGAACAUACGGAUCCACACGCUCCUGGAGGCUAUGAGUUCGAGGUCAAAGAACAAGAUAGAUGGCUCCCUAUAGCAAAUGUUGCCCGUAUCAUGAAGACGGCUCUACCUGAAAACGCAAAGAUUGCAAAGGAGGCCAAAGAGUGCAUGCAAGAAUGUGUCAGCGAGUUCAUCUCAUUCAUCACAAGCGAAGCCUCUGAGAAAUGUCAUCAAGAGAAGCGCAAGACCGUCAAUGGAGAAGAUAUUCUCUUUGCCAUGACGUCUUUGGGUUUCGAGAAUUAUGCUGAGGCGCUCAAGAUCUAUUUAUCAAAAUAUCGAGAACAACAAUCAACUCGUGGAGACAACCAAAACAGACCUGGUAGCUCCGGCUUUGGACCUGCUGCUGGAGCAGCUUCCGCAAAUGCAACUUCAGCAACUUUUUCGGGUGGAGCAGAGGGCGCCAACAAUGUCCUCACUGGCCAACAGGUAGAAACCGAACACGAUAACAGUGCUUACGUAUAUGGAGGCGGCCACAAUGGUGCUGCUGGUGGAGAAGGCUACUAG